AUGCCAGAGGUUAUCAACCUCCUGUCCUCGACGCCGCCGCCCCCGGCAUCUCAACCCCGUCAGCGAUUCGUGGCCACGCUUCCAUCCGAUCCGCCCCUCUCAUCUGCUCCUCGGCCUCUGUUAUCGGACGAUAUUGAGUCCCUUUUUGCCUACGAUGAUAUCGAUAAACCGGCCAAAAGACGUCGCUUAAGCGAGGAGGUUGAAUCACCUAGGGAUGUAGACGCUCAACUCUCGACCACAAAUCUGUUUCUGUUCUCCGAUGAUGAUGUCGCCUUAGCGUCUGACGGACCGUCAACGUUGGGGAUCCCGGCGCGGAACGAGGAGUCGGAUCCUAUUGUUUUCACUUCGCCAGCGCCUGUUCCAGGAGCAAGGUCACUUACGAGCCAUCAAACGAAUUUCAGAGAGACUAACACGAUCACAAUUGACGAUGACGGUGACGACGACGGUGAUGCGCAUGUCGAUAUCUGCAAAGAUGCCGCCACCGGGAAGGACCACAUCGAAGACUUCAGUGAUCAGCUUGCAAUACCGGAUAUUGACGAGUUAAUGAGGCAGGCUAGAGAAACAAAGGAAUCUGGUAAUGAAAACUCGCUCUUUUCGAGUCGAACGGCCAGUCUUCUUGCCGGUCUGAAGGAGCGCUCAAAAGCUACCAGUAGUACAGGGAGUAGGCCGAGAUCAAGAGCCGCAGGUCCUUCCAAGAAGUCAAAGUCUCAGGCGCGAAAUGUCCUUGACCUUGACGACGAUCUGUCCGAGGUAGUGGUUGAAUCUCGCAGGCCAGCACGAAAGACAACCACUUUGACCGCCGCAGAGAAAGAGGCAAGGGCCAGAGAGCGAGAAUCUGCAAAGGCACAGCGAGAGUAUGAGAAACAGCUUGAGAAAGAAAGACAGAAUAAGCUGAGGGAGGAAAAAGCGCGAGAAAAGCAACUCGCUGCGGACUUGGCGGAGGUCAAUAAGCUCAAGGUCGACAAGAGGGAGUCGACGCCUGAGAUGAUCCUCGAUCUCGCUUCCUCGUUUAGGGAAACAAGUGUUGGCAAUCAGAGCAUUGAACUCAUGAAACGGCUAGGAGUCGAGCAUACGUUCUUCACGAGCUCUAUCCCGAACCUCGUCAAAUGGCGCCGGAAGGUCACAGCCCGGUACAACGAAGCCGCCGGCCAUUGGGAGCCAUGUCCGCAUCAUAUCCGCGAAGAAGACCACGUUUUGUGCCUUGUGACAGCCCAAGAGUUCGUCAAUAUGGCCAUCGCGCCCGCAGACCCGGUAACAGGCACAACCGAGCUGGAACUCCAUCUCUCGCACAUCAAAAAAGCCUACCCUCGCCACAAAUUAAUCUACCUCAUCGAAGGCCUAACCUCGUGGAUGCGCAAGAACCAAAACUCCCGCAACAGAGCCUUUCAAGCCCAGGUGCGCCAACAACUCGUCCCAGACGAUCCUUCCUCCUCGACCCGCCGGAGAAAAGCCCCCGCCAAAACCGCCGAGUCCACCCCGCCCGUCGACGACGAUACCAUCGAAGACGCCCUCCUCGAGCUGCAGGUCACACACGCCUGCCUCAUCCACCACACCAGCGCCGCAUCAGAGUCAGCAGAAUGGAUCAAGAACUUCACCGAGCAUAUCUCCACGAUACCGUACAAGCGCGAGCGCAUGGACGGCAACGACUCGGCCUUCUGCAUGGACACGGGACAGGUCAAACCCGGCGAGGACAAGGCCGAUACUUUUGUCAAAAUGCUCCAGGAGGUAAAUCGCGUCACUGCGUCUAUGGCCUACGGUAUCGCGGCGAAGUAUCCUUCCGUCGUGGACCUGGUGAGAGGAAUGCGGCGGCAUGGGCCGACCAUGCUGGAGGAUGUCAAGAAAUCUGCAAAUAAAAACGGUGCCCUGACGGACUCGCGCAUUGGCCCAGCUGCGAGUAAACGGCUGUACAAGGUGUUCAUGGGUCUUGAUCCCUCGUCUACGGAUAUUUGA